AUGAAUAUUAUACCUUGUUCCAUUAAAACACUCAAGGGGUUAUACGAUAUAUCGGGUGUAGAAGUAGGCCAACACUUCUAUUGGCAAAUAGGAGGUUUCCAAAUUCAUGCCCAAGUACUCAUCACUUCUUGGGUCGUAAUUACUAUCUUGCUAGGUUCAGUUGUCAUAGCUGUUCGGAAUCCACAAACCAUCCCGACCGACGGUCAGAAUUUUUUUGAAUAUGUCCUUGAGUUUAUUCGAGACUUGAGCAAAACUCAGAUUGGAGAAGAAUAUGGUCCCUGGGUUCCCUUUAUUGGAACUAUGUUCCUUUUUAUUUUUGUUUCGAAUUGGUCGGGUGCUCUUUUACCUUGGAAAAUUAUAGAGUUACCCCAUGGGGAAUUAGCAGCGCCCACGAAUGAUAUAAAUACUACUGUUGCUUUAGCUUUACUCACGUCAGCGGCAUAUUUUUAUGCUGGUCUUAGCAAAAAAGGAUUGAGCUAUUUCGAGAAAUAUAUUAAACCAACUCCAAUCCUUUUACCAAUUAACAUCCUAGAAGAUUUCACAAAACCAUUAUCGCUUAGCUUUCGACUUUUCGGGAAUAUAUUGGCGGAUGAAUUAGUCGUUGUUGUUCUUGUUUCUUUAGUCCCCUUAGUAAUCCCUAUACCGGUCAUGUUUCUUGGAUUAUUUACAAGCGGUAUUCAAGCUCUUAUUUUUGCAACAUUAGCCGCAGCCUAUAUAGGUGAAUCCAUGGAGGGUCAUCAUUGA